AUGGAUUCUCAUUCCCUCUAUCGAGAUGAAUUUUCCGUUAGGGUUUCGCGGUGGCCGAUGGAGAACAUGGCGGUUCGACCGGUCGGUGUUCGACCUUAUAAUAGGUCAAAAAUGCCUCGAUUGAGAUGGACACAGGAUCUUCACCAACGCUUCGUCCACGCCGUUGAGCGACUGGGUGGAGAAUACAGAGCAACUCCGAAAAUGGUGCUGGAGUUGAUGAAUGUGAAGGGAUUAACUAUAACUCACGUAAAGAGUCACCUUCAGAUGUACAGGAGCACCAAGCAUGAGCAGAUGUUACAAGAAGCAGAAGCAGAAGCGAAAGCAGAAGCAGAAGCCGGGAAUUCCAAGCAAACAAACCAUCAGCAACAUUACUGUCAUGGAUUCACCGGUAACAACAUGAUCUACAGUGAAUAUUAUGGGACUUGUUACGAUUUGGAGAUUGCCCCAAGAGCCACCACCAAACCAACAAUAUGGCAAGCGCUCCAACAAAAAUCAGAUGAAAGGAACGGUUUUCGUCCAUUAUCAUACUCCAAUGUAACAACACAAGAAUAUGAACAUGGAUUCAAUGAUUCGACGUCUAUCAUGUUCAAGGACUUUUUGAGCAGCUUCGAUUCUCAAGGUGGUGAGGAGAAACAAAUAUUGGCAGCAGUGCAGGAUGAGAACAGUUUAAAGUGGCUUCCAAAUUCCUUGGCAGUAGAAUCUGAGGGUACUUUGCCUUUGAAAUUAGCUUUAGAAUCAACAGUCUCCAUAGAUGGAGCCAAUGAUGUUUCCCUUGAGCUAACUCUUGCUUAA